GCCGCUGUUCGUGUUGUCGUACUGUUGUCAGCCCGGCAAGCUGCGUCACGCGCUGCACGUGCCGGCGCUGUCCGUCCGGCUGCUGCCGCUGCGGGUGGCGCUGUCGGAGCCCUUCCUGUGGCGGCUGGUGGGCUGGGGGGAGGCGCUGGGCAGUGCGGGGGGUGGUGGAGGAGGUGGUGCAGUGCAGUCCCGCUCCCCCGCCUCCCCCGCCUCCCCCGACCUGCCUCUGCUGCUGGACGUGUUGAGUCUGGAGGAGGUGCGGCUGCGGGUGUCCUUCCGCCCCGACGCGCGCAGCCGCCCCCGCUGGGCCGCCGGCAGCGGGCUGGUGCGGCUGGGGCUUGAUCUGGCCUGCCUGGAGGACCUGCCGCUGGAGCUGCCGGGUACGGAGCUGGAGUACGUGCGGAUGCCUCGCUCGCAGCUGCUAGGGCAGCUGGCGGCACGGGUGCAGGAGCGCAUCUUCUCCAUCGCCCUGGCGGUUCUCCGCAACUACGGUCUGGUGGGCGGACUGAGCAAGGUGCUGGCGGUGUCUUCCGCGGGGGUAGCGCAGCUGGCAG